AUGGCCGUGCAACUGAAGCAAUGGAUGAAGUUAAAGCCGCCGAUGGUUCUGGCGGGUUGUGCUGUCGCGGAGCUCGUCGGGACGAUGUUCUUCGUGUUCCUCGGCGCCCUCUCGGUCUCCGUUACCGUUCAGUUCACCUCGUAUGAGCCUUUGACUCGCGUUAUCGUCAUCGCUUUGGGUUAUGGCCUCGGCUUGACUCUCGCUGUGUCAGCAACCGCCGGCGUCUCUGGCGGCCACAUCAACCCGGCCGUCACAAUCUCCCUGCUAGCCGUCGGCCUCACCGACGUGUUAUCUGCCGCCGUCUACAUCGUGGCGCAGGUUCUUGGAGGCGUUUUUGGCGCGGGACUUGCCAAGGCUAUCGUGCCUUCGGAUGUUAAUGGAAUUCUCGGGCAACCGAGGCUGGGCGUGGGGAUUUCAGUCGGGCAGGGUUUUCUUACGGAGCUGCUCCUCACCGCGGUUCUCGUCUACACCAUUUUCGCCUGCGCCGUCGAUCCCAGGGGCCCUGCGGCGCUCGCACCUCUUCUGAUUGGUCUUUCCGUUCUUGUCGACAAUGCCGUGGGUGUGCCUCUGACGGGCGCGUCGAUGAACCCUGCGCGUGCGUUUGGCCCGGCCGUGUGGUCAGGCGCGUGGGCGGACCAGUGGCUUUAUUGGUUUGGCCCGAUAGUCGGCGCGCUUCUUGUGGCGAUUCCGUACACGGCUAUUUAUUUGAUGCCCCUCGCCAAGAAGGGCGAGGACGAGGGAGAAUCCAAGGACGAUGUUUAG